AUGGCCAUCUCACCAGAAAUCCCACAGAGCGUGGAGUGGAACAACACCAAAGUCCCCGUCUACGCCAUGGCGACCAUAGACUUCAGCCUGCUGCUCUCGCAGGAGCCCGCCGAGGUCGAGCGGCUAGUCCGCUGCUGCCAGAAGCAGGGCUUCUUCUACCUGGACCUGAACAACAUCGACGGCCGCCGGUUCCUCGACGACCAGCAGGAGACCCUGAAGCUGAUGCACCGCUUCUUCGAGGCGCCGCUGGAGGCCAAGAACGAGUAUGGUCUCAUUGCGCCGCAUCUCGGCUACGAGCCUGUUGGCUCGCGCACGGGUGUCCUUGAGAACACCAAGGAUGGCUACGAGAUGAUCAAGGUAUCCCGCGACGAGAUCCAACGUUCCAGCCCGCACCUACCAGCCGUGAUCAAGAACAGCCCGGACAUGAAGGUCCUCGAGAACGCCAUCGCGGGCUCCAACAUCGCCACCAAGGCGAUCCUGUCAGCGCUCUCCACCGGCUGCGGCCUGUCCGGCGCCGCGCGCUUCGAGAACUCGCACCGCAACGACCGGCCCUCGACGUCGACGCUCGCCAUGAUGCACUACAUCCCAUCAGACUCAUCCAAGGACCGCAACAUCGGGCACCAGAAGCACACGGACAUCAGCUCCCUAACGCUACUCUUCAGCGAGCAAUGGGGCUUGCAGAUCCGGCCGCCGGGCGCGCGGGAGUUCGGGUUCGUGGAGCCGCGGGCAGGCUGCGCCGUCGUCAACGUGGGCGACUCGCUGCGGUUCGCGUCGGGGCAUACCAUGCAGUCGUGCAUCCACCGCGUGGUACCUUUGCACCCAGCCGAGCACCGCUACUCGAUCGCGUACUUCCUGCGCGCCGAGGACGACGCCAUGUUCACCGAUUCCGAGGGCCGCUACAUCACGGCCGGCCAGUGGCACGACGAGAAGUUCUUUGCCUUCACCAGCCCGCCUGAGAUGCAGGCCCUUGCGCCCGCGUCCAUGCUGCUUGGCGGCAUGACUGAGGAUGAUGGCGAGGAGGUCGCGCCCGUGGUUGAGCUCAAGGAUAAUGCCGUCAAGGCUUACUAG